CCUCUCAGGAGACCCGGGACAGCGGGAUAGUCACGCUGGGCCGAUCCGGGACAGCACCCAGCCAACAUGUCUCGGAAAAGAAACCUCCCGCAAUGCAAUCGUCGUAAGAAGCACGCCCUCUCGCGCUCCUCAAGAGCAGAGCUGCAAUUCCCGGUGAGCCGCGUGGACCGCUACCUGCGAGAGGGUCGCUAUGCGCAGCGCCUGAGCUCGCAAGCCCCUGUGUUCCUGGCCGGCGUCCUCGAGUACCUGACGGCCAACAUCCUGGAGCUGGCGGCCAGCGAGGCCCGCAGCAACAACAAGAUGCGCAUCGCCCCCGAGCACGUGCAGAGGGCCGCGAGCCACAACCAGACCCUCAGCAGCCUCUUCCAGGCCAGCAGCGUCUCCCGGGGGGCUGAGGAGGGGGCCGAGGAGCCCCUGCCCGAGGCCGGGCGGUGAGACCUGGGUCCCGGAGCCGGGCCAGACCUCAGCGGUGGCCUCAUCCCGCCCGACACUGCGUGUGGCUGAGGAAGGUCUGGUCCCCUUUAAGGUCUCGCAGCCAUUAAAGUCCACG